GGGGGCCGGACCGGGAGAAGAGGUGGCGUUGCGUUAGUGGCGUUGGCCUCAGCUUGCGGUUUCAGUGCUUUCUCGUCUGCUCACAGGGAGACGCUCAGGCUGGAGGCCAGCCAGCUCUUGCCGCCACCUCGGUCGCGAUGGGGGCGCAGGACCGGCCGCAGUGCCACUUCGACAUCGAGAUCAACCGGGAGCCGGUUGGUCGAAUUAUGUUUCAGCUCUUCUCAGACAUAUGUCCAAAAACAUGCAAAAACUUCCUUUGCCUAUGCUCUGGGGAGAAAGGCCUUGGGAAAACAACUGGGAAGAAGUUAUGUUAUAAAGGUUCUACAUUCCAUCGUGUGGUUAAAAACUUUAUGAUUCAGGGUGGGGACUUCAGUGAAGGUAAUGGAAAAGGUGGAGAAUCAAUUUAUGGUGGCUUUUUUAAAGAUGAAAACUUUAUUCUCAAACAUGACAGAGCGUUCCUUUUGUCAAUGGCAAAUCGAGGGAAACAUACCAAUGGUUCCCAGUUUUUCAUUACGACAAAACCUGCUCCGCACCUGGAUGGGGUGCAUGUUGUUUUUGGACUGGUUAUUUCUGGUUUUGAAAUAAUCAAACAAAUUGAAAAUCUGAAAACUGAUGCUGCAAGCAGACCUUAUGCAGAUGUGCGAGUUAUAGACUGUGGGGUGCUUGCCACGAAAUCAACAAAAGAUGUUUUUGAGAAAAAAAGGAAAAAACCAACUCAUUCAGAAGGCUCGGAUUCCUCUUCCAAUUCCUCUUCCUCUUCCGAAUCAUCUUCAGAAAGUGAAAUUGAACAUGAGAGAAGCAGAAGAAGGAAACAUAAGAGGAGGCCAAAAGUUAAACAUUCUAAAAAGAGACGAAAGGAAGCAAGCAGUUCAGAAGAGCCAAGGAAUAAACAUACCAUGACCCCAAAAGGUCACUCUGAGAGGAGUGAUACCAAUGAAAAAAGGUCAAUAGAUUCAAAUGCUAAAAGGGAAAAGCCUGUGGUCCGCCCAGAAGAGAUUCCUCCAGUGCCUGAGAACCGAUUUUUACUCAGAAGAGAUAUGCCUGUUGUCACUGUGGAACCUGAGCCGAAGAUUCCUGAUGUUACACCCGUAAGUGAUCAGAAACCAUCCGUAUCAAAGUCUGGACGAAAAAUUAAAGGAAGAGGCACAAUUCGCUAUCACACACCUCCAAGGUCAAGAUCCUGUUCUGAGUCAGAUGAUGAUGACAGCAGUGAAACCCCUCCUCAUUGGAAAGAGGAAAUGCAGAGAUUGAGAGUAUACAGACCACCUAGUGGAGAAAAAUGGAGUAAAGGAGAUAAGUUAAGUGAUCCCUGUUCAAGCCGAUGGGAUGAAAGAAGUUUGUCCCAGAGAUCCAGAUCAUGGUCCUAUAAUGGAUAUUAUUCAGACGUUAGUACAGCAAGACACUCUGAUAGUCACCAUAAAAAACGCAGAAAAGAGAAAAAGGUUAAGCAUAAAAAGAAAGCUAAAAAGCAGAAACACUUCAGAAGACACAAACAGACUAAGAAGAGAAGGACUGUUGUACCAUCUGAUGUAGAAUCCUCAAAAUCUUCCACUCGACCCCCUUGUGAUAGAGAAAGGAGAUCUCGUUCUUCCUCUUUAUCAUCUCACCACUCAUCAAAGAGGGACUGGUCUAAAUCUGAUAAGGAUGACCAGAGUUCUUCAACCCAUUCCAGCAGAGACUCAUACAGAUCAAAAUCUCACUCACAGUCUUAUUCUAGAGGAAGCUCAAGAUCAAGGACUGCAUCAAAAUCCUCAUCACAUUCUCCAAGUAGAUCAAAAUCCAGAUCUAGUUCCAAGUCGGGGCACAAAAGGACAGCAUCAAAAUCACCAAGAACAACAACUUCUCAGUUAAGUGAAAAUAAGCCAGUUAAAACAGAACCUUCAAGAGCAGCAGUGCCACAAAAUGAAAAUGUAGUAGUACAACCAGUGAUAGCGGAAAAUAUUCCUGUAAUACCGUUGAGUGACAGUCCCCCUCCUUCAAGGUGGAAGCCUGGACAGAAGCCUUGGAAGCCCUCUUAUGAGCGAAUUCAGGAAAUGAAAGCUAAAACAACCCAUUUGCUGCCCAUCCAAAGCACUUAUAGUUUAGCAAAUAUUAAAGAAACUGGUAGUUCAUCAUCCUACCAUAAAAGAGAAAAAAAUUCACAAAGCGAUCGGAGUGCUUAUUCAAAAUACAGUGAUAGAAGUUCAGAAAGUUCACCAAGGUCAAGGAGCAGAUCGUCUCGGAGUAGAUCUUACUCCAGAUCAUACACAAGGUCACGUAGUCUAGUUAGUUCACAUUCAAGGUCUAGGUCUCCAUCAUCUAGAUCUCAUUCACGAAAUAAAUACAGUGAUCAUUCACAGUGUAGUAGAUCAUCUUCAUACACUUCUGUUAGCAGUGAUGAUAGAAGGCGAGCCAAGAGGAAAUCUAGAUCCAGUGGGAAAAAAAAUAAUACUUCAAAUAAAAGGCACAGCAGCAGCUCUGAAAAGACACUUCAUAGUAAAUAUGUCGAAGGCAGGGAUAAAUCUUCAUGUCAGAGAAAGUAUAGUGAAAGCAGGUCAUCUUUAGAUUAUUUUUCAGAAAGUGAACAGUCAAGUGUUCAGAUUACACAGUCAGCCCAGGAAAAAGAGAAGCAGGGCCAAAAGGAUAUAACAAAUAGCAAAAAAGAAAAAAACAGAGAUGAGGAGAAAUCCAAGCCUGAACGGGAAUGCCUUCGUUCAAAAAAAAGAACUUCGAAAGAGAAUCUUUCUGAUCACUUUAGAAAUGGCAGUAAGCCCAAAAGGAAGAAUUAUGCUGGGAGUAAGUGGGACUCUGAGUCAAAUUCAGAACGAGGUGUAACUAAAAACAAUAGAAAUGAUUCCCGGCCAUCUUCUGAUAAGGAGGAAGGUGAGGCCACCUCAGAUUCUGAAUCAGAGGUUAGUGAAAUUCACACCAAAGCCAAACCCACAACAAAAUCUUCAGCAAAUACUUCAUUGCCUGGUGAUAAUGGUGCUUGGAAAUCAAGCAGAAUGCGGUCAUCAGCUUCUGAUUCUGAGGACUCCUAUUCCAAUUCAGAAAAUAAUAGAGGAAAGCUGCUGAAGCACAAACAUGGGUCAAAGGAAAAUCUUAAAAGGGAACACACCAAAAAAAUGAAAGAGAAAUUGAAAGGGAAAAAAGAUAAAAAGCACAAGGCUCCAAAACGAAAACAAGCAUUUCACUGGCAGCCUCCACUAGAAUUUGGUGAAGAAGAGGAGGAGGAGAUUAAUGAAAAGCAAAUUACCCAGGAGUCAAAAGAGAAAAAACAAGUAUCUGAAAACAGUGAAACCAUAAUAGAUAAUCCCAAAACUGAGAAAUCCUGUGAAGAGGGCAGCAUUUCAAGUAAACAUAAUACAAUUACUGUUUCAUCAGAUCUUGAUCAUCUUACUAAAGACGAUAGUAAACUCAACAUUUCUCCCACAGUUUUAAAUACUGAGGAAAAUGUAGCCAUUUCUCCCCCAAAUAUUCAGCAUAUUGAAGAAGAUGUCCCAAGUGGAGUGGAGGAUGUGCUUCAAACAGAUGACAACAUGGAGAUUUGCACUCCUGAUAGGAAUUCCCCAGCAAAGGUAGAGGGGGCUUCCCCUCUAGGAAAUUCAAGGCUUGACUCUCCAGAUACAAGCAUUGUUCUAAAGCAGGAUAUGCAAACAGAACAUCCUGAAGCAGCGGUAGUACAACAGGAAAGCGGCAUGUCUGAAAGCAAAACUAUGGGUGAAAAGAGGAAACAGGAGGGCAGCUCUGCUAGUUUGGCCAAUGCUGUAGAAAGUACUGGGAAAAAGGAGGUAGCUGAGAAGAGCCAGAUCAACGUCAUGGAUAAUAAAUGGAAGCCUCUGCAAGGUGUGGGGAACCUGGCAGCACCUGCUGCUACCAUACCCAGUGCUGUGGAAGUUAAGGCAUCAACUACUGUGCCUGAAAUGAAACCACAAGGCUUGAGAAUAGAAAUUAAAAGCAAAAAUAAAGUUCGGCCUGGUUCUCUCUUUGAUGAAGUAAGAAAGACAGCACGCUUAAACCGGAGACCAAGAAAUCAGGAGAGUUCAAGUGAUGAGCAGACGCCUAGUCGGGAUGGUGAUAGCCAGUCCAGGAGUCCAAGCCGAUCUCGAAGUAAAUCUGAAACCAAAUCAAGACACAGAACAAGGUCUGUCUCAUAUAGUCACUCAAGAAGUCGAUCAAGAAGUUCUACAUCUUCUUAUCGGUCAAGAAGCUACUCUAGAAGUCGGAGCAGAGGAUGGUACAGCAGAGGCCGUACCAGAAGCCGUAGCAGUUCCUACCGCAGUUACAAAAGUCACAGGACAUCCAGCAGGAGCAGAUCCAGGAGCAGCUCGUAUGAUCCACACAGUCGGUCCAGCAGGUCCUACACUUACGAUAGCUACUAUAGCAGGAGUCGGAGUCGAAGUAGAAGUCAGAGGAGUGACAGUUACCACAAAGGCAGAAGUUACAAUAGGCGGUCCAGGAGUUGUAGAUCUUAUGGCUCUGACAGUGAAAGUGACCGAAGUUACUCUCAUCACCGGAGCCCCAGUGAAAGCAGCAGAUACAGUUAAAAAUGUCCUUUUUUGAUACAAAUUAUAUCUUAUUUGUAAAUAUCUGGUAACUUAAAAGUUUAAGAAACUUAA